GGCAGGCAACGGUAAAGUUAUUAUAGUUUUUUACAUUUAGUUAAUUAUUGCGACCCAUCUGGUGUAUUAGUUGGUAUGCAAGGUUGGAUUACGCGAUUAAUUAUUUAAAAGCAAAUAAUUUAUAUUUUUUAUGGUUUACUUUAAUUAAUUUUGCCCAUCGCUGUGCUUAAAUAGUAGUUAAAAGUAUACUUUCAUAUUAUAAUUUAUUUUUAUUAUCAAAAAAAUGAUAAUUUAUUUAAAUAAUAUAACUAAAUACUGGUGCCUCAAUAUUGUGACAUAGAUAUCAAAUUCGGAUCUUGAUGAAUAUUCAUAGUACAAAAGAGUUAUUAUAUAAUGAUGAAUUAUCGAACAGUUGUAAAAAUAUUGUGGUUUCACAGUGUAUUUGUCAAUUUACAUUGCAUUUUCUGCAAACAAAUUAGUAAAGAAUUCAGCAGUUAUACAUUGAUCGAACCAAAAUUAAUCCACACAAAGCAUAAAAGAGAAAUUCAUUCAACAAAAACAAAUCCGUACGAACUUAAACAUAUUAAUGAUAUUACUCUAAAUUUUCAUGAAAAUGGAAAAGAAUACAUUCUUGAUCUCAGACUAAACAAAGACCUGAUACCAGCUCAAUAUUUUGAGAAACACCAAAAAAAUGGAUCACAAGUGAUAAACAAGCCUCACUCCAAUGAAAUCGAGUUAUGCCAUUAUAAUGGUAUAGUACGUGGUAUGCCUGACUCUUGGGCUGCUAUCUCUACUUGUGAUGGCGUUAGAGGAAUGUUUUCUGACGGUGAAACAUUUCAUUACAUAGAAAAUCUUAUUCAUGAUUCUGGUUAUAAAUAUCACGUGCUUUAUAAACAUAGUGAUUACAAAAAUGAUCUCAACUGUGGUUUUCCAACUGGUCUACAUGGGCUCAAUCAAAGUAUAACUAAACGUUCAAAAAGAGACACUCAGUAUGUUAAAGGACCAUACAAUGAAAAUGAAAAUUCUCGGUAUAUUGAGUUAGUAAUUGUAAUAGAUCAAGAUGAAUAUAAAUCAUUAAAUAGCGAUUUACCCAAUGUCUACAAACAUGCUAAAGAUAUUGCUAACAUUAUUAAUUCUUUGUAUAUGCCAUUAAACUUAUUUAUUGCGCUUGUUGGUGUUAUUGUGUGGAGUGAUUUUAAUGAAAUUGUAGUAUCUUCAAAUGGUGAUACUACACUCACAAAUUUUUUGUACUAUCGCCGUGAAAACCUAAUAAAAAGCCAUCCAAAUGAUAAUGCUCAAUUACUCACAAAAGUACAAUUCGAAAAUGGCAUUGUAGGAAAAGGUUUAAAAGGCCCUAUUUGUACUUAUGAAUUCAGUGGGGGUGUCAAUAGUGAUCACAGUUUUGUAGUUGGCCUUGUUGCAACAACAAUAGCUCAUGAAAUGGGUCAUAAUUUAGGAAUGGAACAUGAUACAGUAGAAUGUGAAUGUCCUAAUGAUAGAUGUAUUAUGGCUCCAUCUUCUGGUUCCUCGAGUCCAACUCAUUGGAGUUCUUGUAGUAUGGAGUAUUUAGCAUUAGCAUUUGAGCAUGGGAUGGAUUACUGUUUGAGAAACAAACCAGAAAAAUUAUUUGAAAGUCCUGUUUGUGGUAAUAAUUUUGUUGAACCUGGAGAACAAUGUGAUUGUGGCUUAAAAGAUAAAUGUGAUAAUCACUGCUGUAAUCCAGAAACAUGUAUGUUUUAUCCAAAUGCCACAUGUGCUACAGGAAAAUGCUGUGAUUUAACUACAUGCCGUCCAAAAGCUAUUGGUUUUGAAUGCCGUGAAGCCACACAUGAGUGUGACCUUCCUGAAUACUGUUCUGGAGACUCUGAGUAUUGCCCAGAAAAUGUUUUUAAAAUUGAUGGGACAGACUGUGAUAAUAAUAAUGCAUUUUGCUAUCAAGGAUCUUGUCGUACCCAUACAAAUCAGUGUCGCUUAUUAUGGGGACCCACUGGUGAAUCAUCACCUGUCCAAUGUUACAAAAUGAACACCAAAGGAACACGUCAGGGUAAUUGUGGUUACAACCGAUUGUAUAAAAACUACACCAAGUGUGAUAAUGAUGAUGUUAAUUGUGGUAUGUUACAUUGUAAACACAAAAAUGAACGUCUAGAAUUUGGAAUGGAGACAGUUUCUAUUGUGUCUAACUCGUUUAUAAACACUGGGGGAAAUCUUAUACCUUGUCGUACAGCUAUUGUAGACUUAGGACUUAAUGAAAUAGAUCCUGGUUUAACACCCAAUGGAGCUAAAUGUGGUGAAAAUAUGAUGUGUGUUAACCAAAAAUGUAUGGCUGUAACUGACCUGAAAGCACAAAAUAAAGUGUGUCCAUUCAAUUGUAAUGGGAAUGGAAUGUGUAAUAAUAAAGGAAAUUGUCAUUGUAAUCUUGGAUAUGCUCCACCAUAUUGUGAUCAACCCGGUCCUGGUGGAAGUAAUGAUUCUGGUCCAGCAUCUAGCCCUAAUACUAGCAAAGGUUUUCUCACGGGACUAUGUGUAUUAACUCUUGGGGCUAUACCUCUUUUACUAGCUGUUCUCUUGUUUUCUUAUUGUUCUAAACAUCAACGUCCAGUAAUAGAUUGGAAUAAAAGUAGCCGAAAAAAGUUACCUACUGAUCCAGAAAUUGGUAAAAAACCUAAUAGAACAUUAUCACCAUCAAGUAAACCACUUGUGAAUAAUCCAAACUCAUUACUUCGAAGUGAUUUCUUAGGCACUCAUAAGAAUUUUACAAUUAAACCUUUAGCACCACCUCCUCCUCAACCUAUUGCCAGUUCUUCUUUAACACCCAUUAGACCUGCACCAACAGCACCUCAAUUAGAAUUGUCAGUAGAAAAAACUGAAAAACUUCAAAUUGGACAUCCAAUAUUAGAUGACACUACUUCUACUACAGUGAGAGAAUUAGUAUCAAUGCCACUUAAACCUGCUCCGCCUAUACCUAUGAUAGUUAAUAAACAGCCAAUUGUUUCAACUAUGGCUCCUGAUACUAAAAUUAUUGACACUGAUAAAAGCAAUAAUAAUUAUCCAACAUUACGCCGAAUAACUUCUUUUAUGAAAAAUCAAAAGACUGAUGAAAAAAAACAAACAAUAGUAAAAGCUAAUACUAAAUUUAAUAAAGAAAAUUUGAAAAAUAUAGAAAUAUCACAGCCAAUACUUCAGAAUGAAAUCAAUGUUCCGUCCAACUCUCUGCCAUUAGAAGAAGAUCAACAUAAAGCUGUUGUUUUAAGGGCUCAUAGUUUACGUUACAAUAAUUCUGUUAAACAAAGACCAUCUAUUCCGAAUUUUGGGUCAAUGCGUUCAUCAAAAAGACCUACUAGUAUUGUAGCUACAACUAGACCCACUGUUCCUCCACCUCCUCGACCUCCUCCCUGUACAAACAAUGGUUAUCAAGUCCCACCAAAUCGAAAUGGUUUCAAUGAAAAUGUUACAGAAAACAUUUAUUCAGUGAUUGAUGAAACAACAUCACCAUUAAAAACUGAAGAAAAUGUUUAUAAAGUACCCAGAACACUAGAAAGUUCACUACUUGGAGAAAUUGUGUCAGCAAUACAAGAACGCAACCAAGAGUCAAUUUACACUAAUAAAUCUGAUGACAAUGACAGUAGUAAAAAUUGCCAGCAAACAUAUGAAAACAUAAGGCCGGCAGCACCUUCAAAAAAUACAAGUUACAAUCUAUCAAUUAAUCAAUCUAGUUCUGACGCUCAAUCAGCUGCAAUUCAUAAUCGGCCGGAUUUGGUAAAGAACUGUGAUGAUAUUCGAUUAAUGAAUAAUUCGCCAGAUGUGUUAGAUGCCAAACCUGUUGAAAAACAUGUAAUAAUCAAACCUAAGGUAGCCAUGAAGCCAUCAUCAGGAACGGCUACUAUUGGUUUAAAGAAAAAGCUUAAUAAUAAUCCUUCAAAGGUAGCUAACAUACAAAAAAAAUUUGAUAAUUCAAAUACUACUAAAUCAAUGUUAAAUAGAUCUAAUAUAACAACUAAAAUAAGCCAACCUAAUAAUAGAUAGUAAUCCUAUAUUAACCUUUGUAUGCUUUAUAUUGCAACUGGUUAUACCUAAAUUUUUAGUUAAUAAAAAUCUUUUAAAUUUAUUUUAUCAUAAAUUAUGAUAGUUCCAAAACUUCUAUUGAUAACUCUAUUAUAUAAAGAUAUUAUAGUUUUGUGUUUUAAAAAAAUCAUGUAUUAUUCUUAUUAUAUGCGUGGUGCUUUCUUUUUAAAUAAAAUUUUAAUCCAGUGACUAGGUUUUCUGUCAAUAACCCAGUGUAGACAAUAUGAUUUUUGUGUAAAUUAUCUCCUUGUUUUAAAUAUUGUUUCUAAAUUAA